CUGAAGAACCUUCAAGCUGAAGGACUUACGACUCUUGGCCAGUCCCUAAGGACAGCUUUUGAUUUAUUAAACUUAAAUAGAUUAGUAACUGGCAUAGACAACUAUGGGCAGUGCAUUUCACAUAUGAAAAGAAGCAUAACUAAGAAAUAUUGAGACAAACUAAAAUCCAAAUGGAAUUCAACUGAUUAAGAGUAUUUUGGGAACUUAAAAAUAUGCUGAGGGCUGGAAAGAGCUAUUUCUGACCUGGAAGUUGGAAGGGACGAAACCCUUUUUUUCUGGAGCCAGCAAUAAUUAUUACAGUUACUGAUGGAAGUAAAUUAACCACUACCAGUGGGAUACAGGAAGAGCACUUACAGAAGUUGUCUGUAUGAAAAGUGGUAUUUGAGUGUUUUUUGUAAUGUAUCUGACUUAGAGGAAGAAAGUUGAAUGACCUCAUAAUUCUAUGUGGACUACUAACAAAUGAGCAUAGCCAGUAACUGAAAGGGAAUUCCUGGAUCCAUGAUAACAACUCCAUUUACCUCUCAAUUCUCCUUUACCUGGAAGUGAGUUGACUAAGGAACCCUUUCGAUGGGAUCAGAGGUUGUUUGCUUUGGUUCUUCGUUUGCCUGGUAUUACAGCACCAGAAUCGGAGCAAAUGACAGGGGUACCAGUGGAUGACUCUGCAAUCACACCUAUGUGUGAAGUCACAGGAGGUCGAUCAUAUUGUGUAUGCUCUCCAAGAAUGCUGAAUCAGUGUCUUGAGUCGUUGGUGCAAAAAGUGCAAAGUGGAGUGGUAAUAAACUUUGAAAAAGCUGGACCGGAUCCCUCACCAAUUGAUGAUGGGCAGGUGGAGAUAUCUAGACCCUUUGGACCCCAACCUUGGCACAGCUGUCACAAACUUAUUUAUGUCAGACCAAACCCUAAAACUGGGGUUCCUAUAGGUCACUGGCCUGUUCCUGAAUCCUUUUGGCCAGAUCAAAAUUCUCCAACGCUGCCACCUCGCACAUCUCAUCCUGUGGUGAAAUUUUCCUGUACUGACUGUGAACCAAUGGUCAUUGACAAACUGCCUUUUGAUAAAUAUGAAUUAGAACCUUCACCAUUGACCCAGUUUAUCCUGGAAAGAAAAUCUCCUCAGACCUGCUGGCAGGUAUAUGUGAGCAAUAGUGCAAAGUACAGUGAACUUGGUCAUCCUUUUGGUUACUUGAAAGCGAGUACAGCACUGAAUUGUGUGAAUUUAUUUGUGAUGCCUUACAAUUAUCCAGUCCUCCUUCCACUGCUAGAUGACUUGUUUAAAGUACACAAGGCAAAGCCUACAUUGAAAUGGCGUCAGUCAUUUGAAAGCUAUUUGAAGACAAUGCCUCCUUAUUAUCUUGGGCCUUUGAAGAAAGCUGUGAGAAUGAUGGGAGCACCAAACCUUAUAGCUGACAAUGUGGAAUAUGGACUUAGUUACAGUGUCAUUUCAUAUCUCAAAAAGUUGAGUCAGCAGGCCAAAAUAGAGUCCGAUAGAGUCAUUGGCUCUGUAGGCAAAAAGGUAGCGCAAGAGACUGGAAUUAAGGUCAGAAGCAGAUCACACAACCUGUCUAUGGCACAUAGGAACGAUUUUCAACAUCUGCUACAGGGGAUUACUGGGGAAAUUCCUCAUAGACCUCUAGACCUCAAUAUGAAGGAGUAUGCUGGGUUCCAAAUAGCUUUGCUGAAUAAGGAUUUGAAACCUCAGACUUUUAGAAAUGCUUAUGACAUACCCAGAAGAAAUCUUUUGGAUCAGUUAACACGAAUGAGAUCUAAUUUACUGAAGAGUACUCGCAAGUUCCUGAAAGGACAAGAUGAAGAUCAAGUUCACAGCAUACCUAUAGCACAAAUGGGAAACUACCAGGAGUAUCUAAAACAAAUACCUUCUCCACUCCGAGAACUUGAUCCUGAUCAACCACGAAGGCUUCAUACAUUUGGCAAUCCAUUCAAAUUGGACAAAAAGGGAAUGAUGAUAGAUGAAGCAGAUGAAUUUGUAUCAGGACCUCAGAAUAAACAUAAAAGACCUGGAGAACCAAAUAUGCAGGGGAUUCCAAAAAGACGACGCUGUAUGUCCCCCCUGCUCAGAGGCCGACCACAAACUCCUCCGGUUGUGAAUAACCACAUUGGAGGAAAAGGGCCACCAACACCAAUUGCACAAGCACAACCUGACCUUGUCAAACCUAUUGCUAUUCACAAAACAUCAGAAACAAAUAAUGAAGUUGCGAUUGAUGAUGUCAUUGAGAAUCACGUUACAGACCCACUUUCAUCAGAUGUUUUCCCAAAUUCUGCGGAUUCAGACUUUUCACUGUCUUCUUCGCCAUUCAAUUCGUUGGAUCGACCAGCAGAUCAUACAGAUGAUGUGGUCCAUGAGCAUUUAGGGAAUAAUUUGAAUGUUGAUGGGUUUUUGGAGAAUCAUGAGGAAUCAGGUAGUAAAGAACAAAGUACUGAAGAGAACUUGCCAAUGUCUUCACCCAGCAAAGGGAAAAAACCAGUUCAUUGCAGAAGUUCCAGAGAGAUUAAUGUAGACCUAAGAGCACAAAUUAUGAAAGAGAUCCGAAAACCAGGAAGGAAAUAUGAAAGAAUCUUCUUUUUACUGAAACAUGUACAAGGAAGCUUACAAACCCGACUGAUAUUUUUACAAAACGUUAUUAAAGAAGCUUCAAGGUUUAAAAAACGAAUGCUAAUAGAACAGCUUGAGAGUUUUCUGGAAGAAAUACAUCGCAGAUCCAAUCAGGUCAACCAUAUCAACAGCAGCUAAGAAACUGCACACAAGAGAAAACUGCAGCAGGGCACUGCUGUCCUUAAUUGCAUUCAUUUUUGACAUGCACUCUUAUCUCCAAGUUCCUGUACCUGAAAAAAUGAGCUGCUCUAUAAAAUGAUGAGAAGAGUAUCCAUCAUCUUUCUUUUUUUCUUCACUUCUGUUAUUUUUGUAAUGUGAAAAAUACUACAAAAACACUUUUAUUUAACUAAAUGGAGAACUUCUUGCUUGUCAUGGACAUAAGUGUCACUUUCCCUCAGGUUCUAUUUUUCUUAAUCCAACCUUCAAAACUAUCACCUCUCAAGGUUGAACUUUGCCAAAAAGUUACUUUGUAAUUUUCAAAAAAAAAAGCACAUACAUUAAACAAGGUAAUGUUUUGUAUAUACAGUUAUUUUGAAUAUAUUAUUGUAAGUUGUAUAAAUGUAUUUUGAAAAAUAUUUAAGAAAAGCACUUUUGUUAUUCCAUCAAUAAAAUCUCUAUUUU